UCUCUGGAGCAUGAAGUUAAAACUCCUGCGCGCUGUGCGGGCUGAGUAUGUGGAUGGACGGAUAGAUCCGCGGGAGUCACAUCCAUCUGACUCCCAUUGGUUCAUGGGAUUUUAUUCUUUCCAACUGAAACAGCCUGGGUGGGCAUUGCACAACAGUACCUCGGCAGCGUCACUGUUUUCGGACGCGAAGAUGCUGCUCCUCGGACUUCUCCUGUGCUUUUUAGUAACAGGUUUUGUGUUCGCGCAGCCCGACAGCUCGGGGUUAUUUUACGCGCUCCGAUCGGAGCUGUCAGAGGACGCGAUCCUGGUAGCCAACAACGGAAUACGCGUGCCUUUCGGAAGAUCGGUCUUCAUCGACCCCAUCAAUGAUCUGGUGGUUCAAACGCAGCCGGGAGCCCGGUGCAGCAUCACCGUACUGGACAACGAUCCGCUCACACAGAGACCGGGCCACCUCUCACCCAAAAAGUUUCCCUGUGAUUUCGGUCCGAGCGACGUGACGUACUCUCACUACGGCUCCAGGAGUCCGGCCAGGGACAGAGUGAGGCUGCAGCUCAGGUAUGAUGCCCAAAUCGAAACUGUAAUUAUCCCGUUUAUGAUGGAGGUGGAAGUACUCUUUACGCAGUUGGAGUUACUCACCAAAAACAUGCCUCUCACUGUUGAUCGCCUUAAAGGGAUCAGUAAUCCUAUUGAUAAGAGGAUCCUAGAGUUUACUUAUGAUAGAGAGUCUUACAAAUGCGAGGUGGCAUCCAUAUCCAGCGCCAGAGCACUGCCCAGAUAUGGAAAACUCAUUGAUGGAGAUAAACUUUCCACUGUGAUGGACUGUGAUGAUUUCAUGCAAGCGCGUAUCCGCUAUGAGCACACAUUUGAUCGCACAUCUCCAAACAGGGAUUAUAUUCCUAUGGUUGUAGAGCUGCAUGAUAAAGAAAGGAACCUGGUAAAGCAGGAGUAUUUUCAUGUCAUGGUUCGCAUCAAAGAUGGAGAGGAGAACACUCCCCCCAAACCCAGCUUUGUUUCCAUGAUGAUGAUGGAGGUGAGCCAGUUUGUGAUGACUGCCCUCAUCCCUGACAUGCUGGCUGCUGAGGAUACAGAGUCAGACCCAGAAGAGCUUAUUUUUAACAUCACUUCUCCCUUGUCUUAUGAGGAGGGCUACAUAGUCAGCACAGAUGACAGAAACCUUCCAAUCACCUCCUUCUACCAGAGAGACCUGCAGGAUUUGAAAAUAGCUUACAUUCCACCUUCUCUGGAUUCGGACACAGACAGGAUUUUCCAGCUGGAGUUUGAAGUGAUAGACACAGAAGGAGCUGUCUCUGACCAGUUUGCUUUCAUGAUUGUUGUGAAGCCGAUGAACACUAUGGCUCCUGUUGUGAUGCGUAAUACGGGACAGCUGCUGUACGAGGGCCAGUCACGGCCUCUCAUCAGCACCCACAACUUGGAGAUCAGCGACGAAGACAACCUGGACUCUGUUACAAUCACAGUGGUGGACGGCCUACGGCACGGAGAGCUCAUGGUGCAGGGCUCUCAGAGGAAAUUCUUCACCCCUGCUGACCUCACAACAGGGGCCGUCAUCUACCAGCACGAUGGAAGCAACACGUACAGCGACAACAUUGUCUUCAAGAUGACAGAUGGGAAAAAUGAAGUUGAAUUCCUCUUUCCCAUCACCAUCAUCCCUACUGAUGAUGAGUCUCCGAUCAUCAACGCAAACACAGGUCUAUGGCUUUUCAAACACCAAAUGAUUCCCAUAUCUCCUGUCAUACUUAGUGCUGCUGAUAUUGACUCUGAAGACUCCACAAUUAAAUUCACCAUUAUUCCCCCAUUUUCCACAAUUGGCACAGUGCUGUUGCGACAGUCAGAUGCCCCAGAAGACCCCUCCUCUUGGAAGUUUAAUGCUGAGGAUGAAAUGUAUGAGAAGGAGGUAACAGAGUGGCUUCAGAAAGACAUCACAGAUGGAAAGUUGUUUUACAGGCACACAGGUCUCCACAGCAAAGAAACAAUCAUGGAUCAGUUUAUAUUCACAGUUCAGGACGACAAUGACCCACCAAAUUUAUCUGGAAAUAGUAUAUUUGUAAUCCGUGUUUUACCGAUCGAUGAUGUGCCCCCAGAGCCAUACCCUGGCACUGCUCUGCAGAUGACUGUUGAGGAGUAUGAACUCACUCAAUUCAACAAAGAGGUCCUCCGUUACACUGAUAUGGACUCAGAGGAUCGCGACCUCAAAUACACACUCAUCCAAUCACCAACUGACAUAGAUGAAAAUAAUGCCGUUGUGUUUGGAUCUUUAGUGCUGACAGAUGACCUUAACUCCGAAGUGACAGAGUUUACGCAAGCUCAAAUAAACCAUCAUAAGAUCUCAUAUGCACCCCCAGAUGUGGAGCUGGGAAUUACGGCCCAUGUUGUGCAGUUUCGUUACACCGUCGAAGACACGGCGGGGAACAGUAUAGAGGGGACGUUCACCAUCUUUCUGCAGCCAGUCAAUAACAACCCUCCCCAGAUCACAAACACUGGCUUUACUGUGUUUGAAGGCGGCAUGCACAACAUCACUGCCGCAGAGUUGGAAGCCCAAGACCUUGACACAGAAAGUGAAAAGAUAACCUUUACUCUGAGUCGGCCACCUAAACAUGGCCGGAUUCAGGCUGCGUUCACUGACCUUGAGAAAAACGGGGUUUUCAAAUUAGAGGAUAUCUCAGAGGGGAAGAUAUCAUAUAUUCACAGUGGGGAGGAGAAUGUCAGCGAUGAAUUUCAGCUGGAUGUCAGUGAUGAGAUACAUGUUGUGACUGUGACGGUUAAAGUUAAUGUAAAGCCCAUUGAUGAUGAAACUCCAUCCAUCCGCCUGCCCACGGGAAAAAUCGGAACUCACAUGGACGUACUGGAAAAUGGUGUGGCAGAAAUCACAUCAAACAUUAUUAAAGGCCAUGAUAUUGACACUGAUGAUAUCCAGCUGACGUUUAUUGUGGAAGAUCCCCCAGUCUUUGGGGAAAUAUUGGUUAAAGGUGUACCUGCCACAAGGUUUACUCAAGCUGACAUAAUUAGUGGGGAAGUUGGAUAUGCACACACUAGUGGUGAGAUAGGUCUUAUCUCUCAGCAAGAUGGAUUUAAUUUGACCCUCACAGACAUGUCUGAUGACUGGAGAAUCGGGGGCAAUGCAGUAAGUGGAGUCCAUAUUCAAGUCUCUGUCCUGCCUGUUGACAAUCAGGCCCCUGAGGUUGGAGUUGGGCUCCAGUUCAGUGUUAUUGAGGGAGAGAAAUAUGGCAUUGGCCCCCAGCACUUGAACGCUGAUGAUAAUGACACUCCAACAGAUGAUAUCCUUUGCACCAUCAAUGUGCAGCCCAUUGCAGGCUAUGUGGAAAAUAUUUCCCCUGCUCCAGGCUCAGAAAAGUCAAGGUCAGGAACAGCUAUCAGUGCAUUUACCAUCAGAGACAUAAGGGAGGGAAAUAUCUACUAUGUGCAGAGCAUUCACAAAGGGGUAGAGCCAGUGGAGGAUUGGUUCACAAUUAGGUGCUCUGAUGGCAUCAAUUUCUCAGAGAAACAUUUCUUUCCAAUUGCAAUUAUCCCAACAAAUGAUGAAAAGCCAGAGAUUUACUUGAGGGAGAUAGUUGUGAUGGAGGGGAUGAACAUUAUCAUCGACCCUGUGAUUCUGAAUGGAGAUGACGGCGAUAUUCCACCAGAGGAGCUGCUGUUCAUCAUUUCCAAACCUCCCAAACAUGGUGCCAUUUUAAAUCAGCUAUCUACGGGCUCUGUUUUGGUGUCUAACUUCACCUUAGAGGAGAUUAGAGAAACAUCAAGUAUUAUUUAUGAGCAUGAUGACUCAGAGACAAUGGAGGACAGCUUUGAUAUCAUUCUGACAGAUGGAAAGUACUAUGUGCAGAAAACAGCCGUUAUUAUGAUCAUCCCUAUAGAUGAUGAAACCCCCAGGAUGGCUAUCAAUGAUGGCCUGGAGGUGGAUCUUGGAGAGACGAAAGAGAUUAACAAUAAAGUUCUCAAAGCAACAGAUUUAGAUUCAGAGGACAGUAUGCUAACAUAUAUAAUUCGAUUUGGGCCUAGUCAGGGUUUCCUGCAGAGAAAAACACCAUCCGGGUCUCUUGAGAACAUCACACUUGGCAUGAAUUUCACACAAUCUGAAAUUGACGUAGGGCUCAUACUGUACACACACAAUGGACAAGAGGGCAUCCGAGAUUUAGUUAAAUUUGAUGUGACUGAUGGAAUAAACCCACUCAUAGAUCGUUACUUCUACAUCACUGUGGUCAGCAUUGACAUGGUCUUCCCAGAUGUGAUUAGUAAAGGUGUGUCUCUUAGAGAAGGUGGCAGGGUGACUUUGACCACAGAUCUUCUUAGCACCUCUGAUCUCAACAGUCCUGAUGAGAACUUAGUUUUUACUGUCACACGGGCCCCAGUCAGGGGGCACCUGGAGUGCACUGACACUCCUGGGGUACCCAUUGGAUCUUUUACCCAACUCCAGUUAGCAGGCAGCAAGAUUUUCUACAUUCACACCUCAGAUGAUGAGGUAAAAAUGGACAGUUUUGAGUUUGAAGUCACCGACGGGUACAAUCCCAUAUUCAGAACAUUUAGAAUCUCUAUCGUAGAUGUAGAUAAUAAGAAACCUGUUGUGACAAUAAACGGUCUGGCUGUCGCUGAAGGGCAGCUGAAGCUAAUCACACCCUUCGAGCUUACAGCUGAGGAUCAGGACACUAAUGAGAAGCUGAUAAAAUUUACAAUUACCCAGUUGCCUGUACAUGGCAAACUGCUGUACAACCGGUCCAGACCGGUCAGCAGCUUCACCAAACAAGAUCUCAAUGAAAACCUCAUCAGCUACAAACAUAAUGGAACUGAAUCACCCGAAGACUCCUUCUCAUUCAUUGUCACCGAUGGCACGCACACAGACUUCUAUGUUUUCCCCAACACAAUUUUUGAGACAAGACUCCCUCAGACUAUGAAGAUUAUGAUCAUGGCAAUUGAUAACGAUGUCCCUCAGAUCGUGGUGAAUAAAGGUGCAACAACUUUAAAGACUUUGGCAACAGGCCUUUUGGGGUUCCCUAUCAACCCUAAAGUGUUAAAAGCGGAGGACAGGGACAGCGGGCCGGCCUCUGUGGUGUUCCGCAUUGCAACCCAGCCCAAACACGGCUACAUUGUCAACCUGGGACACGGAAACAUCUCCAUCGACACUUUUAGUCAAGCCGAUAUCAAUGACCUGAACAUCUGCUUUGUGUUGCGGGGCGAGGAAAAUGCUACUUCAGAUGUCUUUCACUUCUUUGUUGAGGAUAACGGUGGAAACAAGCUUGAAGGACAGCAGUUCCAUCUGGACUGGGCCUGGAUCUCUCUUGAGAAAGAGUAUUUUGUGGUGGAUGAGGAGGCCAAAUUCUUGGAGGUGGCGCUACGACGGAGAGGGUACCUAAGAGAGACGUCGUUCAUUGGCAUCGGUACCCAGGAUGGUAGUGCAAGAAAGGAUGAAGAUUUCAAGGGAAAGUCUCAAAGGCAGGUUCAGUUCAACCCAGGACAGACAAGGGCAACGUGGCGCGUCCAGAUCCUAACCGACGAGAAGUACGAGCGGGCAGAGACCUUCCAGAUUCUGCUGUCAGAACCAGUGAUGGCAGUGAUGGAGUUUCCCAUCUUAGCAACAGUUGAGAUCCUAGACCCUGAUGAUGAAUCGACUGUGUUCUUCCCUGAACCAAUUCACUCAGUUGACGAAGAUGUUGGGGAACUUUUCAUCCCCGUACACCGCAGUGGAGACAUAAGUGAGGAACUCAUGGUGGUCUGCUCCACACAGCAGGGCUCUGCCACAGGAACCAUCCCCACCACCGUUUUGUCUUACUCAGACUACAUUUCACGUCCCGAGGGACACGGGAGCAUCCUUCGGUUUGACAAAGGAGAGAGGGAGAAGAUGUGUCGCGUUGUGAUCAUCGAUGACUCCCUGUACGAGGAAGAGGAGAGCUUCAAUGUCACUCUGUCCCUGCCUGUUGGGGGACGGCUAGGAAGGCACUACCCCACGACUAAAGUCAACAUCCUCAAAGAUAUGGAUGACGCUCCUGUGUUUUACUUUGGAGAGGUCCAGUACAACGUGGAUGAGAGUGAUGGCUACAUAGAGGUGAAAGUAUGGAGGACUGGAACUGAUCUGUCCAAAACUGGGACUGUGACAGUCCGUUCUCGGAAGGCGGAGCGUGCCUCUGCUGAAGCUGGUAUCGAUUAUGUGGGCAUAAGUCACAACCUGGACUUUGCCCCGGGUGUCAGCAUGCAGAUGUUUAAGGUCACAAUUUUGGAUGACAUGGGACAGCCAGAGCUGGAGGGAGCUGAGAGCUUUGAGCUAGUCCUGAGAAUGCCAUUGAAUGGUAUCCUGGGAGAACCAGGAAAGACUACAGUCUUCAUCAAUGACUCAGUUUCUGACUUGCCAAAGGUCCAGUUUCGUGAACCGGUUUACAGUGGAGAAGAAAGUGAUGGUCAGAUAACAGCAACAGUGUACCGCAGUGGUGACAUCUGGCACAAAUCAUCUGUUCGCUGUUACUCCCGUCAAGGCUCCGCACAAGUCGCCUCUGACUUUGAGGAGCGACCCAACACAGACGCUUCUGUCAUCACUUUCUUACCAGGCGAGAUGGAGAAGCUGUGCAUUUUGUUGCUGGUUGAUGAUACGUUGUAUGAGGCGGUUGAGGAGCUGAGGCUGGUCUUAGCGACACCAAAGAGCAGCUCACAGUUUGGUGCAUCAGUGGGAUCUCAGAAUGAGGCUCUGCUCAAAAUUAAGGACACAGCUGACAAACCUAUCAUCCGGUUUACGGAAGCCAAGUUCAGCAUUAGCGAACCGAAGGAAGCUGGUGCUGUGGUAACUGUGAGGAUCCCUGUGGUACGAGUUGGUGACACAUCAAAAGUGUCAGUGGUUCGGGUUCAUACGAAAGAUGGGUCGGCUGUAUCAGGAGUAGAUUAUUAUCCUGUGUCUAAAGAUAUCGAGUUUAAACAGGGGGAGAAGCGGCAUGUCGUAGAGGUGGAGGUACUGUUCGAUGGAAUCAGAGAGAUGAGGGAGGCUUUUACGGUCCAUCUAAAGCCUGAUGAAAACAUGGUGGCUGAAACCCAGGUGACGAAAGCUAUAGUUUACAUCGAGGAGUCCAACAGCAUGGCUGAUGUCACCUUCCCUUCAUUGCCCAAUGUCAUGUCACUGCUUCAUUACGAUGAUGUCGCCAGGAAGGCGGACAACCUCUACCCACCAGCUGGCUACCCAGUCAUCUGUGUGACAGCUUGCGACCCAAAAUAUUCAGAUUAUGACAAGACAGGUUCUAUCUGUGUCAGUGAGUGCAUCAACAACACCUUGACCCGCUACCGUUGGCUCAUCAGUGCCCCAGCUGGCCCCAAUGGCGUCACCAGCCCCAUGAAGGAGGUGGAUUUUGAGACGUUCUUUACUUCCACUAAGAUGAUUACGCUGGACUCGGUCUACUUCCAGGCAGGGUCGAGGGUACGGUGUGCCGCUCGGGCUGUUAAUUCCAAUGGUGAGGAGGGUUUGGAGCUCAGCAGCCCCAUUGUCACCAUCAGCCAAGAAGAAGGUAUGUGUCUGCCUCGCAAGAUGGGAACUGUAGGCGCCGAACCUUUCUCUGCAAAGCUGCACUACACCGGAACAGAUGACCUGAAACACCCUAACCUCAUCAAAGUGACCAUCACCAUGCCUCACAUAGAUGGCAUGCUUCCUGUAAUCUCCACUCGACCCCUCACGAACUUUGAUCUGACUCUUAGUCCAGAUGGAACCCGAGUCGGAAACCACCGCUGCUCAAAUUUGCUUGAUUUCAGUGAGGUCACCACAGGUCACGGCUUUAUCACCGCUUCGAUACAGAGCCCUGAGAGCAUUGGAGAGUCUGCGCCAUACCAGUUCAGCAGCUCACUGCGGGGGAACAGCACACUGCGCUUCUACAAGAACCUGAACCUGGAAGCAUGUCUCUGGGAGUUCAGGAGCUACUACCACAUGUCUGAGCUGCUUACAGACUGUGGAGGAACAAUAGGCACGAAUGGACAGGUGCUGAACCUGGUCCAAUCUUACGUGACCCUACGUGUGCCUCUUUACGUGUCUUAUGUGUUCCACUCACCCCUGGGCACCGGCGGCUGGCAGCAUUUUGACCUCCAGUCAGAGCUUCGUCUCACUUUUGUGUACGACACCGCCAUUCUGUGGAAGGACGGCAUCGGCAGCCCCCCACAGGCAGGGCUGCAGGGAUUAUUGUAUCCUACCAGCAUGCGCAUUAAUGAGCAGGGACGUUUGAUAGUGAAUUUCCACACCAAAGCUCAUUUCAGGGGUCUGUUUGUUGAGUCUCAUUCCUCAGGGAGAAUUAAAAGAACCGCAACAUCCAUGGCAUCCAUGGUGAUGAGUGUGGACCACCCAGGCCUGACAUUUAACCUCACCUUAGUGAGGAGUGAGCCCACCUACAACCAACCUGUCCAGCAAUGGACCUUCAUCUCGGAUUUUGCUGUCAGAGAUUAUUCUGGAACAUACACAGUAAAACUGAUCCCCUGUACAACAUCUCAGAAUAUGGAAUACACUGUUCCACCUGUCUGCAGUCCCAGAGAACAUCUCACUUUUGACCUCGACAUUAGAUUUCAACAAGUGAGCGACCCAGUUGCAGUGGAAUUUAGUCUAAAUACUCAGAUGUUCUUGCUGUCCAAAAAGAGCCUCUGGCUUUCUGAUGGAUCUUUGGGUUUUGGUCAGGAAAGUGAUGUUGCCUUUUCUGAAGGUGACACAAUAUACGGUCGUGUCAUGGUGGAUCCAGUGCAGAAUCUGGGAGAUUCCUUCUUCUGCAGCAUAGAGAAGGUGUUUCUCUGUACUGGUGCUGAUGGCUACGUGCCCAAAUAUAACCCAACCAAGUUUGAAUUUGGCUGUCUGGCAGACUCUCCAUCAUUACUAUACAGAUUCAAGAUUCUUGACAAGGACCAGCCAGAGACUCAGGCACGAGUGUUCGGAGAUGUCAGUUUUAAUGCAGUGCUGGCAGUAGAUGAUCUAUCAGCUAUGUCUCUUGUCAGACAACCAGGAUCUGAUGGGUUUAGACUGGACUCUACCGCCAUGUUCCAAGUUGCUGCAGGGCGUGAGUGGUAUAUACACACCAUUUACACUGUUCGCUCCAAAGAGAACACCAACAGGGGCAUUGGGAGACGCAGCCUAGAGUCCCACUCUUUUGUUUCCACUUUGACAUCCUCAAGCAAUAAAAGGCAUCGCAGGAGAAGGUCUGCUGGCGAUGAAAUCCCAGCCAUCGCUGAAAAUAUUGAAAUAGAGAACAGCCGGGGCACCAACAUUAUGCAUAUUGCUUUGGACCAUACCAAGAGGAGGUCGAAGGGAAUGGAUGAGCUGUUUCCUGGUGGCCGAGGACUCAGAGAGUUGAACACCGAUGACCAAGAGGAAAGUCUAGUGAGCAUAGUGGGGGCACUGGUGGGGCUGCUGCUGACGGUUCUCAUUAUUGUCACCAUUGCACUGGUACUGAGAUCCAGACAGAAAGAUGGGAAGGAGGUUUGGAGCGAGGGGGUGCAGGAGGUGGUGAAAGGGUCUGUCAGCACCGAACCCAUGCUGGUGGUGAGAAUGCAAGACUGUCAAAACAGCUCUGAGGUCUGAGCAGUGAAUGCAUGGAUUGGACAAACAGACACAGGGGAUAUGUGGGCGGUUUUAUAUGUCCUUUUCUUUUUCUGAGUUACUUUCACAACACCAAAAAUAAUUUAACUGGGCAAAUGUGUUCUUGAGCGUGCCUGAUAAUGUUACCACUGUACUGAAUUCAUUCAAGUGCACUCAGUUCAACACUAUUAUGCCAUAUGUUUAUUUAUCAUUUCAGUUUCUGCUGCUAGUACCAUGGUAUUUCCAGUCUCGGGUACUGGUUUUAUUGUGUCUAAAAGUGCCUGAAGAAACUCUAAUCCUUCAGGACAGUCAACUCCAGCUUUCGUAAGGAUGACGCAGACUAAUGAUGCAGUGCUGGAAGGAGGCAUGGGCCAGUAUGCGUUAUUUAGGAAUGUUUAAAAAAAAUGUCACGAUUUAAUCCCUUUGUUUAAAAUAAAAUGGCAACAAUUCUUACUAUUGCAGCUAAGAUAAUAAAACAUAUUACCGUUACAAUAUUUGUCACUGUAUGCUACCUAUAUUCCUGGCAGCAUUGCAACUUUCACAGAUAUUUUGUCUAAUUUUGUCUAAUCAAUUGCCCAAAGUGAAAAAGGAUUAAUUCUGAGAAUAGUGGAUUAUUUGUAAUAGGUUGACGACAGACAAGGAAUCAAGAUGAAUGCCGAAUUUAAAUAAGAGGCAAUCACUGAACAGCUUGUUUAUUUGCUCCAUUUUGCUCAAGUUACAACUGAACACCAGGGAAGAAACGUUGGCUUCUGUAGAUGAAUAACAGCAAUGCUGCGAGCAGAUCAGAUUUUAGGUUUAGUAAAUAAUGCUCAAUGUUGGUACACCCUUUGAUCAUCAAUAAUUUGUUUGUUGAUCACGUCCCGUUUUCUUCAUCCCUAACAGCAUUCUUCACCUACAGCAGAAAACUGCCUCUAAAAAUGCACAGGUAUUGAGCUGUCUGAUUUUAAAGUAUAGAAAAUUAUUAAUAUUAAUAUUGACUUAAAUUGUAUUUUUACCUUUGUUCUUCCAUAGCAAUUGGAUUUAUGAAACAGCAAAAUGUGAUGGUAUAUGUAAUCAGAGUUCAUUUCUCCAGGUCAUACUUGCAAUCUUUGAGUUGAGAGUGCAUCCCAUUUAAACUAUCAAAGUUGAUAUUCUCAUGUUUUUUCAUCUGUAUUUUAUCUGAUGUUAGCAGUUUAAUUAGCAUGACUAUCUUGCUCCGGUAGCUAGCAUGCAACUGGUAGCUUGAACUCCAGCACACAGUGUGCGAUUUCAACAAUCGCACAGGGCUCGAACAUGUCACUGUGGAUAAGAGCAACAUUAUACUUUAUAGUAUCUCCUGAUUUGUUGUUGCAACAGAUUCUUGUCAGAAAGCUCCAACAGAGACAUCAGUUCAACAAUAAAGUGACUACAGUAACUGGAGGGAAAGCUGGUUUGAAGGAAAAGAGACAACUGUAGGAGUGUUUGUGGAUGGUUAAAAGAGGUUGGAUGCUGGAUGAUAACUGCAAAUUAACAGAUAUGUCGCAACUUUAAACAGUUGAAACUUUCGACGGAAAAUCUUAGCAGUAUAAUGUAAUACUGUUAGCCCAUGCCUAGCUUCUACUUUAUUCCUAGCAAAUGAAAGUAUUUAUACUGAGAUUUUCCCCUAAAAAAAAACCUGGCGGUCAUCAAACAAUCGGGCGUCCGAUGCUUACAGUUUCACCCUUAUGUUUUCUGCAUCCUGCAAAAGAUUAUUAAGGAUAUUAGGGAUAUAUUAGGGAUUCAAAAGGGUGCAAGGGGAUGCUGCAUCUAUUUUGCCAUUUCAGCAUACUUUGAAAAAUACAAAUCAUCUUUUCUUGCUUUCCAAGAGGAUAAUCAUCAUUUCUGUAGAGUGGUUGUUAGAAAAAUCCCUCUGGAUUUUCCAAUUUAUUGUGGAAAACAAAAAACCAAACAGUCACUUCAUUAUAAAAUAUCCUAGCCUUGCAGUCCCACUAGAUAAAUCCAGCAUCUGACAGGAUUUUUGCUUGCUUAUUUGUUGAGCUAAUAUUUUUUUUAUGUAUCCCUUUUUUAAAUACCAUAUGGCAUAAUAUCACUUUUUCUGACUAUGUUUUUUUAUGACCGAUUGUGGGUUUACUUAUAUGAACCACCCUGAAUGUUGGUGAGCCACUGUGUUUUUGCUAGGAUAUUGUCAUAUUUAUUAAAAGUUAAUGGAAAGAUUUCUUUUUAACCACAGGAGGUUACGGUAUGCUUGUAUAAAAAUGUUCAUCUCAUUAGUUAUUUCUUUUGCUUCAAAUGGGCACAGUGUAGUAGUUUUGACUGAAGAGAAUCUCCAGAAAGCCACUUUCAGCCUCUUUGUCACACUACAGAAGAGUCUGGUGCUGUGACAAUGAAAAGAUGUAUCUGCGCCUGACGAUCUGACCUCUGUUUCUCUCACAAUGUGUAUUUCAAAGCUUUAUUUCUUGGCAGUUUUGUGUAGAUUUAUCGUUUUCAACCAAGCAAUGCACACAUAAGAGCUGCUUACAGAUCACUAUAGGGCAGAGUAUAGCUUUUGCUAUUUUACAUAUGUUCAUGGUUUUAUUAAGAUCUGAAUUGUACAGUUUAGAUGUAGUGUUAAGUCAGUGUCUUACUCUGCUUUGAACAUGUUCAGAUCAGUGUGCUUGAACGUUUGUCUCAUAAUGAUGCUGUGAGUCAUCACUGUAUAAUUAUGGCUUAUAUUUAUCAGGGUAAGCUAAUGUGGUGAUGAGGUGUAAAUCAAUAGGAAACAUGAAAAUGUAAGAUCCUGCUGAGAUCCAACUGUGAUUUUUAUUUUGGACCCUGAUGAAUCAGAAAAUGCCAUCGUAUCUAACAUCAAAUGCACUUUUUUGCAUCACAACACUUACAUGUCGAUACAAGCUAUGCAAUGUAACGUACACUCCACAGUCAGUCAUUUACAUAGAGGCCACAAUUUCAGCACAAUCAAUCUUGGUAUUGUCUUUUUAUUAAUUCAUUUUUAUGUAAAUGUAAUUAAUAAUAAAUAUUGUUUACUGGUG